UUCUCAACUGUAGUCCUUAUAUCCUUCGUGUAAUGAAGGUAGAAUGUACAGUGGAGGUUCCUGUCAAUGCUACCGACAUCACUAUUGGUUGGUUCAUGGACUGCCAGCAGUUGAGCAAUGACUCUCACGUCACCAUCGAGCCUCAAGUCCAAGUGACAGCACAAGUUCGCAGAAUUACGUCUCAAUUGACAAUCAAUGGGAUAACUGAUGAUUAUGCUGGCAAAUACACAUGUAACAUGCUGGGAAACGAGGAGUACGUACCAGGUGAUCAGUUGGAGUUAGGAGACUCGGAUGAACUUGAGUUAAUGCGUAGUCUAGGAGCAUGUAUAGAUGGAGAUCUCUUCCCUAAUUCUCUGCAAGCUCCAGAGAAAUGUGCAGUAAUUACAGCGGACAACCCUGUCCCCAUGUAUCUUGUCUGUGAAGAUCCACCUGCAAACCCAACAUCAACCUCAACAUUUGUUCUCUCACUCUCCUCCUCUUCUGUUAUACUAUCUUCAAUACACCAAAUCAUUGUGUAUAACCCUACAGUAUUGCUUUCACCAUCACCCACUACAUCUCAACCAACCUCCACAGAUCCUCAGGACAACAAUAUUGAAUUUACUUCCCCUGAUUCUCUGAACACUGUCUCACUCUCCCUCAUAGCAGUGAGCUCUCUGCUGACCAUUAUUAUACUACUGCUGUCUUCAUUUGUGCUGGUAAAGUGGUGUAAGGGACAGAAACAGAAUGGAACUGUGAACAUGUGCUUUCAGGCACCAGCACUAACAGCAGAGGAGCCGUUCUAUGACAGUGUGAAGGAUAGGCCAGAAGCCAACAGCAGUAUACCAAGCUCUGCAGUACCAAGCCAAUCAAAUCCGGCCUAUGGAAUCAGUAUGUUUUGUGCACAUUCCACAAAUACUUAUAAAAUACUAGCCUAAACCCCAGAGAUAUAUAUGGUUCCCCACUCAUGAAAUCAUCCUCAUUACUUUGAUGUUAGUCUGGGAAGAAUCAAAUAAACAAUUGUGGUAUUAGUACUUUAAACAUUGCUGUUGGUGUUUGUGUUUUUGAUUAAGUGAAACAGGGUAGGAAAUUCUCACCUGCUUGACUACAUGAUUGUUCUACCUUUCAUAUUACAGGGGCUGAAGCAGGUGACAAUGAUAAUAUAUUUCAAAUGAGGAUCAAUUCUGGAUAUGGUGUUAUGGGACACAUUAUCAGUUCUACUCAGCUAUCAACGGACUCUGUUGUACCUGAGAACCUAAGCAGUAGUAAGUAAAUUCCUAAUUAGGAAAAUACCAAGAUGCCCUAUUAUUACAAGUGGAAAAACCAUUUCAAGGGCGAUGUAGGGAUGGCAGUUCAUGAAAAACGAGGGAAACAAAGGGACUAGGGAAGUCAAUAAGCCCAUCCAUACAUGUUUGUCGACUACCUUGUUUUGUAUAUUUUGGGACAGUAUAACAAAGGGAAAAAAACUUUGUAGCUACUUGGACAAAGAUGUAGGGAUUGGGUUAUUAUGAUUAACCUCCC